AUGCCAUGUACAUAUCCUAUCAUGGCAAAAGUUCACAAGUGCCUAGCCAACACCACAUGUAGCUCCGUAUACUGGGAAAACGAUCAGUGUGUGAUCUCUGCCAAGCCGAGGCAGUCUCCGAAAGUUAUUGAAAAAAUAUGCCCGUCUAAAGACGAGCUUGAUCUUGCGGUACUAUUCGAGGAAACUGCUGAGUGCCCAAAGCGAGGGGACAGCGGAUUUACGCUCGGUCCGAUUGGAUUCAAAGACUGCAUGCAACUUUGCCUGACACAUCCAACUCGGAGUUGCGAAGCCAUCAGUUUCUAUUCGGACGGAAAAUGUCGACUUCUAGAUGGUAUGGCUCCUAUAAACUCCUCCAACGAAAUGGAUAAAACUUGCAAGCAUUUCAAACUCAAUGUGAUCGCUUUCGAGAGAGGAAAGAAAUCCAACGACAGAAAACCAAGGAAGAAGGCUCAUAAAUCUAAGAGAACAAAAACCAGAGCACACUCUGCUAACAAGAAGGACCAGAUAAAGAUCAGGAGCGAGCCCUUCACACAAGGCGCUAUUGAGCUGGAUGUUCAGACAGUAUGCAACUAUGACGGAAUCAUUAUCAAGGUGUUUUCACCUGUGCACAUCAGUGGCGAAGUUUUCCCACGAAACGCUCACGAGAACUGCUCCAUCGCCAUCAACGGAACGGAGGCCCAAUUGAAGAUGCUAUUCAGUUCGCAAAGUUGCUCUAUCUCACGGAACGGUUUUGUGUUCGAAAAUGUGAUUGUCGUCAAGCAGAACAAUCUGAGUGAAAUGCCCGUCAUUACAGAAUACGAUAAACUCUAUCGUAUCUCAUGUGAUUAUAGUAAUCAAACCACGAAAAUGUCUGCUACCAGUGUUUUACAAGUGAAAAAUAUGGGCGAAGUGUCUAUUCAUCCACAUGGGAAGAUUCCAUACAAUCCGAUGAAGAUGGAGCUGCGAUCAAAAAGGAAAUCCGAGGUUAGGACCGUGAUUCUCGGUCAAAAUGUUGAUUUGAGAAUCGAUGACGAUGACAAUUUCGGUAGUAACUAUACGGUUACCACCUGCAUAGCACGAGAUCGCAACGACCGUGAAAGUCUCACUAUCAUCGAGGACGGUUGUGCAACGCGAUCGGCCAGCGAAUAUAUUGUGAGAGGCGCCGUUCGAAGAGAAUCAAAAGGAUUUUCGAUACCUUUGCGGGCGUUUCGCUUCAGAGAGAGUGACUCUGUGAAAAUAUCCUGCCGUCUGGAAAUCUGCGAUGAUCUAUGUGAACCGAAGGAUUGCUCGAAGCACGCAAGAAGACGUCGCUAUCUUUCAACAGACAAGUUGGGAUUCGAUUCCAAUCAUGGUGACGAAGUCCAGAUUUCAUUACUCAAUCCUAUUGCGUCACACGAACCAGCUUCAUCUCAGUUUCAUCCAUCGGCUCCUUAA